GUGGAACUUGGAGGGGAAGAUGGUCUUCAGUCUUCAAUUCCCGAUCGAGGCUACUUCGCCUGUUGAAGCUGAACUGAGAGCACUUUUAUUUGCAUCACGUUGGGCGAUUACAGUUGGGUAUCAAUCUUUUCAGGUUGAGACCGACUCGAUGAAGGCUUUAUCCAUUGUGGAAGGGUGUGGAAAUCGCAGGUGGGAAGAUGAGCUUCAGACAACAAUGUCCAGGUUAGAAAGAAUGUCUGCUUCAGACAUGUUAUGCAUGAGGGCAACUGGGCCGCUCACUUUCUCGCGGAGGAAAAGGUAUCUGGGCUGAAAAUUUACCAUGGCCCAUCUGAUUUACCAAAUGCUUCUAAGCAUGCUUAUUUCAUGGACCUGUUUGGGUUGCCAUCUUUCAGAUUUAUUUAAUUUCCUUUUCUCUUUGGCUUUUUGUAGUAAUUGGGUAAGGUUUGGUCUCCCAAUUUUUACUUUAGUUUCUUCCUUUUUUUUGCUUAUUCUUUGUAGCUUGAUAGGAGAUACUCUUUCUGAAGAGGUUUUUGGUAUAAUCUUCCUCUUCGUUUGUACUUCUUUUUUAUGUCAAUAAAAUCGAGCAAAUGUUCCCCGGCAUUUGCCCCACUGAUUUUGGUGGUUUGCCUUUCGGGUUUUAAAAAAAUAUGUGUGUGUGUGUAUUUUUAAUGGAGAAGACACAUAUCUAUGAAUUGGUUUAAUAAAGACAAUUGGAGAGUUUCAAAAAGUGACAGUUUCAUUUUCAUUUACCCCAGUGCCGCAAAGGCUCCCACCUAUGGUGGGGUAAGGGGGGUCGGAUGUACGCAGUUUCAAAAAGCAUAGAGAGACUGAUUUCGGAUGACCCAUAGUGAAAAUCGCGUCCUAAAUUGCAUGGACUGACUGUUGCUUCAUAACAAAGAAGCGCAGAUAGUUUAGUGAGUCAUUUUGUUUUAUUCCAUCAUAUUCUCAAGCCAAAAAAUAAUGAAUCUUUGGCUCCAUUGCAAAUGAUGGAAAAUUUCAAAAAGUG